GAGCAAAGGAGUAGACAGCUCAGCAGUCACCGAGGGAGUCUAAGCGCGCUGGACAGCAGUGGGAGGUGUGUGAGGCGUGUGAGGCUCACAUUGGCCGCAGACCCUCGGGUGCAAUCGCCAGGGAGCGAGGACUCUGAGACGCGGCUACUGGGCCACCCUGCCGAGGCUUCAGAGGCACAAACUGAUGGGACUGGCUCGCACUGCUGCAUCUCCCUGCUCGUCUAAGUGCACUGAACGGUGGCCGCGUUGAAGAAGAAACUGUCGGGGGGCGCGGAGCCCGGAGUCCCAGUGUGGCCUGGAGGAACGGAACCCGUGUCAGGGCGACCCAGGCGGGAGCCCCCGGACCGCACUCGGGUUGUAGGGAGACUCCCACGUCUUCCGAGGGGCCCAGAUCCCUGGACGGUCAAGGCUUCGGGGAGGCAACAAAGUCCCCAGCAGGGAGACCGCGUUGGGGAAAGGGUGUGCAGUCCACAACAGUCUCCGAAAGCAGAGCGGAAUCGAGUGGGUGCACCCGGGGGCGUAGAGCCCCCAUCACGCCUAGUGCGGCGGAGAGGUCAGGGGAGCGAACCCUCGGAGGUCGCAGCCCCUGCUCGGGUUGGGGGCGACUGCCCAGUGAGUCCUCCUGGCCAGCCGGGAGGAGAAGAGCGACACCGAAGCCGGCAGGAGGGGAGCACUUCAAGGCCGGCAGCCGCGGAGGAUGGGAGCCUGAGCGCCUCAGAACGCAGAGCGGCAGGGGAAGACCAGGCGAGCUUUGCUGAGGAGGCGCCAGGGGAUCCCGAACUGCAGCCUGCCCCCGGGAAGAUGGCCCGGCCUGGGCAGCGUUGGCUCGGCAAGUGGCUUGUGGCGAUGGUCGUGUUGGCACUGUGCCGACUUGCCACGCCGCUGGCCAAGAACCUGGAGCCCGUGUCCUGGAGCUCCCUCAACCCCAAGUUCCUGAGUGGGAAGGGCCUGGUCAUCUACCCAAAGAUUGGAGACAAGCUGGACAUCAUCUGUCCCCGAGCAGAAGCAGGACGGCCCUACGAGUACUACAAGCUGUACCUGGUUCGGCCUGAGCAGGCAGCUGCCUGUAGCACUGUGCUUGACCCCAAUGUGCUGGUCACCUGCAAUCGGCCAGAGCAGGAAAUCCGCUUCACCAUCAAGUUCCAGGAGUUCAGCCCUAACUACAUGGGCCUGGAGUUCAAGAAGCACCAUGAUUACUACAUUACUUCUACAUCAAAUGGGAGCCUGGAGGGACUGGAGAACCGGGAAGGAGGUGUGUGCCGCACACGCACCAUGAAGAUCAUCAUGAAGGUCGGGCAAGAUCCCAAUGCUGUGACGCCUGAGCAGCUGACUACUAGACGGCCCAAAAAGGAGGAUGACAAUACUAUCAAGAUGGCCACGCAGGCCCCCGGUGGUCGGGGGUCCCUGGGUGACUCUGAUGGCAAGCAUGAGACUGUGAACCAGGAAGAGAAGAGUGGCUCAGGUGGGAGUGGAGGCAGCAGCGGGGACCCUGACAACUUCUUCAACUCCAAGGUGGCAUUGUUUGCAGCCGUUGGCGCUGGCUGUGUCAUCUUCCUGCUCAUCAUCAUAUUCCUGACGGUUCUGCUGCUAAAGCUGCGCAAGCGACACCGCAAGCACACGCAACAGCGGGCACCCGCCCUCUCACUCAGUACCCUGGCCAGUCCCAAGGGGGGCAGUGGCACGGCGGGCACGGAGCCCAGCGACAUCAUCAUCCCCUUACGGACUACAGAGAACAACUACUGCCCCCACUAUGAGAAGGUGAGUGGGGACUACGGGCACCCCGUCUACAUCGUCCAAGAGAUGCCACCCCAGAGCCCAGCGAACAUCUACUACAAGGUCUGAGAGCCCGGCGCAGCCUCAGGCCCUAAGGGACAGUCGGCGGGGACCACACCUCUCCUUUCUUCCCACGCCCUUCUCCUUACCAGCUGUGCCCACCUUUGUAUUUAGUUUUGUAGUUUCUUGGCUUUUAUAAUCCCCCUUUUGCCCUGCCCCUGGGCUUCAGAGGGGGUGCUCAUGCCCCUAGCCCCCAUGCUCUUGUGCCUUCCCCCUCUGACCAGGCCUCUGGGCUCUGCGGGGGUGCCCCUUCUUGGAGGGCAGGGUUGGACACUGAUGGACAAUAGGCAGGGAGACGCCACCCUAGCCCUCCCCUCCUCCCCCCUUUUCCCCCUUCCCAGGACUGCUUGUCCGCUAUCAUCACUGUUUUUAAUGUUUUUGUGUUCAUUUUUUAGCUGUCAACUCCUUUUCAUCUGUUUUUUUUGGAAGAAAAAUGGAAAAGGCAUCCUCUCCCCAGGCUUUCUGAGCCUGACUCAGCCUAGUAUAAAGGGCCAGGGGCAGGAUGUGGUCAGCCCAGAAGCAUAGGAUGGCAUUUCUUUUAUAAACUCCUUGUUAUUGGGGGUGGGGCCAACAAGGGCUGUUCUUGCCCAUGAGGGAAGACAACAGUGCCAUUGGGCAAGGUGUCUCACCCUCCCCUCCUGACCCUUCUGCUACAAAGCUGAUCUUGGCAAUGGGGUAGUAGCUGCCACCCUUACACACACACACACACACACACACAAAUCCCUUCCUUGUGGGAUUCUUGGGCAUCUCCUGCCUCCCUCACUCUCAAGGUAAUUAACGUCUUAAUUGGUUGUUGCCUGGGGAACAGGAGCGCUGCUGCAGGCAGAUGACCUCAUGGUGGGUGGAGGGAGGUGAGUUGCCCAGGUGGCUAUUUGCCCUGCACAGCUAGGAGUUCUCCCUUUUCCCCCCUCCCCCGCCCUGUUCUCUUCUCACCUUUGGCCCCUUUGGCCUGGUGGGGAGACAGAGGCCCAGGGCAGAUACCUAAGCGGGUAUAAGGCCAGGUAGCCUGCUCCUUUUUGGGGCUCUAGCACAGGUGGGUGACCCCCAACCCAGCUCUCAUUGGCCCCCCAAUCUUGGGCUGGGGCUGGAAAGAGAAAGAGGCUGCCCAGGGCUGAGCCAGCAUGCCGUGCACGUUGACCCUGGCUCCUGGACAGCACGGCUGCUAACAGGGCUGCUAACGGACUGCCACUUGAGUGUGCCUUGCAGGUGCUCCCAGAGUGGCCAUGGAAGGAGCUGGGCCUUACACCAUCCACCUCCACACUGCCUCCUGGCCAGCUGCCUACCCCAGUGCCAGGUGGGAGAGAGGGAGCAGAACAGCCAGCCCCUUCCAGGUGGCAGUCGGAAGGGUUUUUUCGUUUUUGUUUCUGUUGCCAUUUGUGUAAAUACUAGUCUUUUUUGGAAAAAAAA